AUUUUUAUUUUAUUUUGAAUUACUGAACUUUUGUUGCUAAACAAUAUUGGAAGAUGAAAGAAAGCUGCAAGCAAAACUCUAAAGAAAAACGAAAUGAGUGACUUGACGAGUUGUAUAAACAAACCUGAGACAUCCACAUAUCAAUUCAGUAUUUAAAUAAUUCAUCACAUCUUGUUCACCUACAUCUUCACCUUAAAUCCUUUGAAAAGAAGAUGAAAAUCUUUGAUCUCUUUCUUAGCUUCAGUAUCUUCUUCCUCUCUCCAUUUGUAUCUCAAGCAUAUAAUCAUGAUUCGAAUUACACCCGCCCACCGCCUGGUGCAGACUUCAUCGUCUCUCACGGCCAUCCAAACUUCUAUCCUCAACAGGUGCACGUAUCAUUGGCGGGUAAGGAUCACAUGAGAGUAACAUACAUAACAGAAGACAUGAACGUUGCAUCGAUGGUGGAAUACGGUAAAAGCUCAAAAAAGUACGACAGAAAAACAACCGGAGAAUCCACUUCUUAUAGAUUCUUCUUCUACAGCUCCGGCAAGAUCCACCAUAUCAAGAUUGGUCCUCUUCAGCCAAGCACCACUUACUAUUACCGUUGUGGUGGCCAUGGUAAAGAGUAUUCUUUCAGAACUCCUCCGUCCACUUUUCCGGUCGAGUUUGCCGUUGCUGGUGACCUUGGGCAAACUGAUUGGACGGUGAAAACAUUAGAUCAGAUUACAAAACGGGACUUCGAUGUCUUCCUACUUCCCGGUGAUCUCUCCUACGCAGACAACCACCAGCCACUAUGGGACUCUUUUGGCCGUCUCCUGGAGAACCUGGCUAGCACUCGCCCAUGGAUGGUCACCGAGGGAAACCACGAGAUCGAGUCUGCCCGGAUCAUUGAAGAACAUAUAAGCUUUAAAGCAUACAAUGCCCGAUGGCUUAUGCCUCACGCUGAAAGCCUCUCUCACUCCAACCUUUACUACUCUUUUGAUGCAGCCGGUGUCCACAUUGUUAUGAUUGGUUCUUACACCCACUAUGACUCCCACUCUGAUCAGUACCGGUGGCUCCGUGAAGAUUUAAGAAAGAUUGACCGUAAAAGAACGCCGUGGUUGGUGGCGGUGAUGCACACGCCAUGGUACAGUACAAACAAGGCGCAUGAAGGUGAAGGGGAGAAAAUGAGAAAGGCCAUGGAGGGUUUACUUUAUCGUGCUCAAGUCGACAUUGUUUUUGCCGGCCACAUUCAUACCUACGAACGUUUCAGGCCGGUAUACAACCACAAGGCCGACCCAUGUGGACCAAUGCACAUAACCAUCGGUGACGGUGGCAAUCGAGAAGGGCUGGCAUAUAAGUUUAAUAACCCUCGUUCACCGUUGUCGGCAUUCCGUGAAUCGAGUUUUGGACAUGGGAGAUUGAGAGUUAUAGACAAGAAACGAGCACACUGGUCGUGGCAUAGAAACAACGAUAACUUCUCAGUUAUUGCGGAUGAAGUAUGGUUCGAAAGCUCUACGUCAUCAUCACAUUGUAUUCUUAAUCACUUUAGAAAUGAACUCUAAAUCCCCUUACCUUAAAACAUUACUCUUUUAAGGAAAAAAAAAAAACAUCAAACAUUACUCUUCUCUUCUUUACGUGGCUUCGUACUUGGUAAAAUAAUCUUAAUUUUCGGUUAGCUCGCAGCUCAUAACAUAGAAUUCUUUAGAUCCUGUCGAAUUCAAAUUUUGAACAUUAAAUUACGUUUCAACUUAGGUUGUUUGUUAGCUCACAGCUCCAUAUGUGAAAAUAAGUUCCGUUUCAACAUAACUUUUUUAUUUUCAACAUAACAUGUUGUUCACAUAUGGAGCUAUCACAUAAUAGUAGCAAUGGUUGGUCACAAACUCGUAAUUUCUGAGAGGUUUAAAGUCAAAACUAUAAUUUUAUAUAUGAAAGAAAAUAUUAUAACUAUUUUCAACCAUUUUUACAAAAUACUAUAUAUAUAUAAUUAAUUGUACGUGUCAAUAUUCUCAUAUCGUUUCAUGAUAAUAAAUUUAUCACAGGCAAUGAAGAACUCCCUCCAUCCUUUAUAUGUAGGAUUGGUGACUUAAAGGUUAUACAUUUUUAAAAUCUUUAAAAGUGUAUUUGGGAAUUUGACCGUACGUUAGUAUACAGUGAAACCUCUAUAAAUUAGUGAAAUUUCUAUAAAUUAAUAAUAUUAGGACUACACCAAAACUAUAAUUUUUUUAUUAAUUUAUAGAGAUAUUAAUUUAUCGAUAUACUAAUUAAAUCAAAAAAUCAAUUUAAAACUAUAAAAUUAUAUUAUUUUAUAGAGAUUUAUAGUGUAUAUUAAUUUAUAAAGUAUUAAUUUAAAGGGAUUAUAUUGUAUUAAAAACAUUAAGGCUAGGAGUCUUCUUUUGUUUGACUAGUGACAACAUUCUUACCAAUGUAAUGCUCAUUGGAGGUGGGGAAUCAUAUACCCUAGACUAUAUUUGCGAAAUAAUUUAUACACAUAUUUUCAAUAAAAUUAUUUUCGCUGAAAAAAGAUGAAAUGACAUUUAAAAUAGAUGACAUGGUUUUAGAAAAUAGUGUUAUGAUAUCAUAUU